GUAUUACCUAAAUAAUUAUUAAAGAUGGCGGCGGCUCAACUAGCAAUGUUGUGUUUUCAAUGUGUCGUACGCUAUUCUGACCGAGAAUUUGUGCGUUGAAACAAAGAAAAUAAACAAAACAAAGGAUUAUAACUCUGUCAAUAAUGAAUCAACUUGGGGGGAAUGAUGGAGAGAAUGGCGAUGAUUCAGAAGGAUCUUCUUCAUCUAAUGUUCAGGCUGAAGAUGUUUUAGCAAGUUUUCGUGAACAAUGGCAAAGAGAACUUGAAAUUUCACCUAAAAAAGAAGCACGAGGAUCUUCAUCAAAUAAACUAGUCAAUGUUAAAAAAAAUAAAGAAGACGUGACUAUAGAAAGCAAGGCUCGAGAUUUAUUUUUGAAAGGGGUAGAGUACGAACAGAAUGGCGAAUUAUAUGAUGCAAUAAGAUUUUAUAAACGUGCUGUCCAAUUAGUACCAGAUAUUGAAUUCAAGUUGUAUGAGUCAAUGAAACCAAAAGUAAGGGACAAAUAUGAAACUGCAGAUACGAUUGAAUUUGAAAAAAAAGUCAAUGAUGUUCGUGAAUGUACUGAAACCAUCAAUGAUAUCGAAGAGGAUGAUCUUAUUAAUAAAUUAUCUCGAAUUGUUAGUCGAAAUCAGUACGUUUGCUAUCCUCGUUUUGAACAAAUGACAACGCACAUCUCUGCAUUGCCUAUGGAAAUAAUUUUGUAUAUAUUACGAUGGGUCGUUUCAUCUGAACUAGAUCUUCGUUCUUUAGAAUUAUUUUCUCGAGUAUGUCGUGGAUUUUAUAUAUCAGCAAGAGAUCCAGAAAUAUGGAGACUUGCUUGUGUGAGAGUUUGGGGAGUGAAUUGUGGUCAUUAUGAGCCGAAAUAUCUAUCAUGGCGAGAUAUGUACUUGAAAAGACUUAGGUUACGAUAUAAUGGAUGCUACAUAAGUAAAAAUACAUACAUUCGAUAUGGAGAAAACAGUUUUCAAGAUCAGUUUUAUCGGCCUUGGCAUCUAGUAGAAUAUUUUAGAUAUCUAAGAUUUUUUCCGGAGGGCCGUGUUUUAAUGCUUACAUCAACAGAUGAUGCACAAAGCUGUGUUAAUGCCUUGAAAAAUCGCAAUCCUCGAAAUCUUUCUAUUUUGGUUGGUCAUUUUAGACUUCGCGAUAAUCGUGUAACUCUAGUGUUAAAAAAACAAGAAUCUAAGAGUAACUCAGUUACGUAUAAGAAAAAAAAGCGAGACCUGGUGCAUGAUAGUGGAGAACAAACUUACCAUCUGGAAUUCGAAAUUCAAACUCAUCACAGAAAAGCAAAUUUUCAAUUGAGUUGGAUUUGCUAUAAUAUUUUUACUCAGUACAAAAAUGGACAAGAAGGAAGUAUGUGCUUAAAUGUAUUAAAUAAGUAUCCGUGUUUUCGGUUCAGCAGAGUCAAAAGCUAUACUCAAGAAAGUGAAGCGCCUUUACAGUGAAUUUUUUGUUAAAAUUUUAAUGAAAAAUUAGAUAUUUAUUAAUUGCUUUUUACCCAA